AUGGCGCCAACCGGGCCCAUCACCACGCCGAUAACCACGCUGCUGGGGAUCCAGCACCCCAUCAUCCUGGCGGGCAUGGCGCGCGUGUCGGGCGGGCGCCUCGCGGCGGCCGUGUCCAACGCGGGCGGGCUGGGCGUCAUCGGCGGCUUCAUGUACACGCCGCAGCAGCUGCGCGACAUCGUGGCCGAGAUGAAGGCCAACUUCAGCCGGCCCGACCUCCCCUUCGGCGUGGACCUGGCCCUCCCGCAGCUGGGCGGGAACGCCCGCAAGACCAACCACGACUACACGGGCGGCAAGCUGGACGAGCUGAUCGACAUCACCAUCGAGGCGGGCGCGCGGCUUUUUGUUAGUGCCGUCGGGGUCCCGCCCAAGCACAUCAUCGACAGGCUGCACGGCGCGGGCAUCCUGGUCAUGAACAUGGUGGGCCACCCCAAGCACGCGGCCAAGGCGCUCGACCUCGGCGUGGACAUGGUGUGCGCGCAGGGCGGCGAGGGCGGCGGGCACACGGGCGACGUCGCAAACAGCAUCCUCGUCCCCGCCGUCGCCGACGUCGCGGCGCGCUACAGGCCCGCGAUGCUGGGCGGGGACCGGCCGGCCCUCGUCGUCGCCGCGGGCGGCAUCUCGGACGGCAGGGGGCUCGCGAGCAGCCUGAUGCAGGGCGCGGCCGCCGUGUGGGUCGGGACGCGGUUCGUGGCGAGCGACGAGGCCGGGUGCAGCAGGGAGCACAAGGAGGCCGUCGUCAGCUGCGGGUUCGAGGACACGGAGCGCACGCUGGUCAUGUCGGGGCGGCCCCUGCGCAUGCGCACCAAUGAGUACAUCCGGAAGUGGCACGAGAGGCCGGACCGCAUCCGGGAGCUGUGCGACAGCGGCGUCGUCCCGCUCGAGCAGGACAUCGAGGAGGGCAAAGAGGUCGACCUGCCGCACCUGAUGGGCCAGGUUGCUGGAGCCAUUCAGAAGGUACAGCCUGCGGGCGAGAUCAUGAGGGAGAUGGUGGCCGAGGCGGAGAAGAUGCUCAGGCAGGGGACCAGCUAUGUUGAGGGAGGCAAGAGCAGACUGUGA